AUGUCAAAUUACAGCUGUGAAAGCAUCAUUGCAGGAGAAGGAUUGCAAGUCCCGUUUUCGGAAGCGGAAUAUUGGGGAGAGUCCAGGGACAUCUGCUCUUUUUCCGAUUACGGAUUUCAUCACAGUGACUUGACAAGGAAGCAAGCUUUUCUUUCGGAGAAUCAGCAGCAGGAGCAGCAACAAUCAUUUACAGAUUAUGGGCUCCUCGAUAAUCUGCGAUGCGAUGUUGCCUCUCUGCCGAUCCAAACUUGUCUAGACAGAAUGGCUAAGUUCACUAGAAUCUCAACCGGGUUGCAAGAUAUCAAUGAGGCCAGGAAGGACAAGCCGUUCAUGUUUUCUGUAACUUUGUUCGAACUUCUGAGGACCUAUGGAAGCAGAUUUAAGCGACUGACCGGGAAUGGGAUACUCAAGCCACACACUGAGCGCAGAAAGGUGGAGCUGUCAACUUCUGAAACCAUGAGGAUUGCUAGCGCCAAAUAUGUCCAGUCGUCUUCUGGGGCAGGCGAUGAUCUUGUGCUGCCAAGCCAUCCUUAUUACAACUCCUUCUCUUGCUUAUUGGAAGACGACAUAAGGAACGUGCAGCUUGCCGAGAUUCUCCUAGAUGCUGCUGAGAAAGUGGGAUGUCAGCAGUUUGAUGCGGCGAUCGACUUGGUCGACCAGUGUGAUGAGUGUGCUGCAGCACAGGAAAUCCGGAGGAACGGAUUGUGUACUAUUUUUCCAAAGUCCUUAGAGAGAAGAUCGAUCGGGAAACAGGGAGAAUCAGCAUAA